UUCAGCGGUAUUGAUUUUUUAGUAUAACAUAGACGUUCGUAUUCAUUUAAACGUAAGGUAAUAAAGUUUUUAAAUUUCACCAAUCAUCGGAUAGCAAAAUCAUAAAUGCACAGAAUUUUUUAUUUAUUUAACCAACUAUGAUAGCGCUCACACACGUCCAACGUGUACGAAUGUUGUAUAAAAUGAUUUUGAGGUUACAUCGUGGUUUACCAACAGAAAUUCAAGCCCUUGGAAAUGAAUAUGUUCAUGAUGAAUUUAGGAGGCACAAAACAUGCAAUCCCACUGAAUCGCAUAUCUUUUUAAACGAAUGGACGGAUUAUGCGUUGUCGUUAGCUAAACAACUUGGAUUGCGAGGACCACAGACAUCAGAACCAAUAGGAAAAAGUUUAAAGGAAGAAGAUUUUGAUAAAUUAAGGGAUGAACAAUUACAUCAAUUAUAUGAAUUAAUGGUAGCAGCAACAGGAAAAUCUGAAAAUAAAUUUAGUAAAUAAUAAUUGUGAAUUCAAUAUUUGUGAAUGUAAAGUAAAAAAAGUACAAACUUAAAUAUUUCAAAAUAUUUCCAAUAUUUAAUUCAAAUAAGAUGCACAAAAUGUAUAUAGUCUAAGAGAAUUGCAGUAAAAAGAUUCUAUCAUUCUA